UCACAAUCUAAGGGGCGAUAUACAAAACCCUCCAGAAGAGCUUCGAGAGCACCUCACAGGGACCCAGAGCAGCUGGGCAUCCACCAUGUGGCUCUUUGCUCUGGUCCUGGCAUCCCUCAGCACUUGCAUGGCUUUUGGGUACCCAUCCUCGCCACCCAUGGUGGAUACUGUUCAUGGCAAAGUCCUGGGGAAGUAUGUCAGCUUAGAAGGAUUCGCACAGCCUGUGGCCGUCUUCCUGGGCAUCCCCUUUGCCAAGCCUCCUCUUGGAUCCCUGAGGUUUGCUCCACCACAGCCUGCAGAGCCCUGGAGCUUCGUGAAGAAUGCCACCUCCUACCCUCCUAUGUGCUCCCAAAUUACAGGGGUGGGGCCAGUGCUCUCCGAUGUCUUCACCAACCAACUGGAAAAUGUUCCUCUAGAGUACUCUGAAGACUGCCUUUACUUAAAUAUUUACUCCCCCGCUGACCUGACAAGCAAAGGCAAGCUGCCGGUGAUGGUGUGGGUCCAUGGAGGUGGUUUACUGUCUGGUGGGGCAUCAACUUUUGAUGGACUGGCCCUGUCUAGCCACGAAAAAGUGGUGGUGGUAGUCAUUCAGUACCGCCUGGGCAUCUGGGGAUUCCUCAGCACAGGAGACGAACACAGCAGAGGGAACUGGGGUCACUUUGACCAAGUAUUUGCCCUACAAUGGGUCCAGAACAACAUUGCUAACUUCGGGGGGGACCCAGGCUCUGUGACCCUCUUUGGCGAGUCGGCAGGAGGGGAAAGUGUCUCUGUCCUUGUUUUAUCUCCCCUGACCAAGAACCUCUUCCACAGGGCCAUUUCUGAGAGUGGUGUGGCCCUCACUCCAUGUCUAUUCAGGGAGAAUACCAGGCGUGGGGCUGAGCAAGUCGCCCUUGCUACAGGGUGUGAGGCCACUACAUCAGCCGAUAUAGUUCGCUGUCUGCGUGAGAAGACAGAGGAGGAACUCCUGGCAACGACACUGAAAAUGAAAUUCUUUGCUCUUGAUUUGCUUGGAGACCCCAGAGAGAGCUACCCCUUCCUGACCACUGUGAUUGAUGGAGUGCUUCUGCCAAAGGCACCGGAAGAGAUCCUGGCUGAGAAGAAUUUCAACACUGUGCCCUACAUCGUGGGCAUCAACAAGCAGGAGUUUGGCUGGUUUAUUCCCACGAUGAUGGGCUAUCCACUCUCUGAGGACAAACUGGACCAGAAGACAGCCACAUCCCUCCUAUGGAAGUCUUACCCACUCACUAACAUCUCCAAGGAACUGACUCCAGUGGCCACUGAGAAAUAUUUGGGAGGAUCAGACUGCCCUAACAAAAAGAAAAAGCUCUUUUUAGACAUGAUGGGAGAUGUUUUAUUUGCUGUGCCAUCUGUGAUUGUGGCCCGCUACCAUAGAGAUGCUGGAGCCCCCACCUACAUGUAUGAAUUUACGUAUCGUCCAAGCUUUGUGUCUGACAUGAGACCCAAGACGGUGAUAGCAGACCAUGGUGAUGACGUUUACUCUGUUUGGGGGACACCAUUUUUAAAAGAGGGUGCCUCAGAGGAGGAAAUCAACCUCAGCAAGAUGAUGAUGAAGUUUUGGGGCCAUUUUGCUCGAAAUGGGAACCCCAAUGGAGAAGGACUGCCACACUGGCCAGAGUAUGACCAGGAGGAAGGCUACCUGCAGAUUGGAGACACCACUCAGCAAGCCCAGAAGCUGAAAGACAAGGAAGUGGCUUUCUGGACUGAGCUCCGAGCUAUGGCAGUGGAGAAGCCGUCCAAAGGAGACACGGAGAAAUGA